UUGAAAAACUAUAAAAUACAUUUUGGAUGUGUUGGAAAAAUAUUGACAGGUGCUGCAAUGGAACAAAUAUGGCUGCUGCUGCUUCUAACAAUUAGAGUGCUUCCAGUAUCCACUCAGUUCAAUGGUUACAACUGUGAUGCCAACCUCCACAGUAGAUUUCCUGCUGAAAGAGACAUCAGUGUCUACUGUGGGGUGCAGGCCAUUACGAUGAAGAUUAAUUUUUGCACAGUGCUUUUCUCGGGAUAUUCUGAAACAGAUCUGGCACUGAACGGAAGGCAUGGGGAUUCCCACUGCAGGGGGUUCGUCAAUAACAACACCUUUCCAGCAGUGGUCAUUUUCAUCAUCAAUCUCAGCACCUUGGAGGGCUGUGGAAACAACUUAGUGGUGUCCACAAUACCUGGUGUCAGUGCUUAUGGAAAUGCAACUUCAGUACAAAUAGGAAAUAUUUCAGGAUAUAUUGACACUCCAGAUCCACCAACAAUCAUCAGCUACCUACCUGGACUUCUUUACAAAUUUAGUUGUAGCUAUCCAUUGGAGUACCUGGUUAAUAACACCCAGCUUGCUUCGUCCUCAGCUGCUAUUUCUGUGAGAGAGAACAAUGGAACAUUUGUCAGCACUUUGAACCUGCUCCUUUAUAACGAUUCAACCUACAGUCAGCAGUUAAUUAUCCCAAGUAUAGGAUUACCUUUGAAAACCAAAGUAUUUGCAGCUGUACAAGCCACCAAUCUGGAUGGAAGAUGGAAUGUUUUAAUGGAUUAUUGCUAUACAACCCCAUCAGGGAACCCAAAUGACGACAUUCGAUAUGACCUUUUCCUUAGCUGUGACAAAGAUCCUCAGACCACUGUCAUUGAAAAUGGCAGAAGCCAGCGAGGCCGGUUUUCAUUCGAGGUGUUCCGAUUUGUGAAACACAAGAAUCAGAAAAUGUCCACUGUCUUCCUGCACUGCGUUACCAAGCUCUGCAGAGCUGAUGACUGCCCCUUUCUUAUGCCAAUUUGUGGCCACAGAAAAAGGAGAGAUGCUGGGAGGAAGACGACAUGGAGCCCCCAGAGCACUUCCGGCAACGCAGUCCUCUCUGCUGGCCCCAUCAUUACCCGGAGCGAUGAGACUCCAACCAACAAUUCACAACUUGGCUCCCGGGAUGUGCCUCCCUUCCAACUGAAUGCCAUCACCAGCGCACUGAUAUCAGGAAUGGUCAUUUUGGGAGUCAUGAGUUUUUCCCUUCUCCUGUGCUCACUGGCCCUUCUACACAGAAAGGGACCCACCAGUUUGGUGUUGAAUGGCAUAAGAAACCCAGUCUUUGAAUAA